GUACUUGGUGUAGAGAGAACAGCAUCACAACAGGAAAUAAAGAAGGCUUAUUACAAGUUAGCAUUGAGGCUGCAUCCUGACAAGAACCCUGGUGAUGAGGAGGCUAAAGCAAACUUUCAGCAACUGCAAAAUGUUAUCUCGAUUCUUGGGGAUGAAGAAAAGCGAGUCAUUUAUGAUCAGAUUGGUUGUGUUGAUGAUGCUGACCUUGCCGGGGAUGUUGUCCAGAAUCUUCACAACUACUUUAGAACAAUGUACAAGAAGGUCACUGAAGCUGAUAUUGAGGAGUUUGAAGCAAACUAUAGGGGAUCUGACUGAGAGAAAAUGAUUUGAUUGAUUUGUACAAGAAGUGUAGAAGUGUUUGUUUGGAUUGGCCAGUCUGUGGACCCAAAAGAAAAACAAAAUGCUUUUGAAAUUGGCCAGAGCUAUAUAGAUAAGGCUGUGUCACUGGAGGGACUAUCUCCUCGGGUACCGCUAUAUAAAGUAACAGAAGGGAAUGAACCAUGCUUUUUCACAACAUACUUUCCAUGGGACCAUGCUAAAGCUUCGGUUCAGGGGAACUCUUUCCAGAAAAAGGUGACAUUAUUCUUCGGGAUUCACCAUGCUGUAGAGGAAAAGUCUAAUGGGCCAAGUCAAGGGGGACCAAGACAAAGAGCUGAAGCUUUCUCUGCCUUGUCUAAUGCCUUUAAUUCAUCUUCUGAUAUGACAUCCAGUAUGUCACAGGAUAGAUUGAAUGGGCUGAAUCAAGGAGGACCAAGACAAAGAGCAGAAGCUUUGGCUGCUUUAAACUCUGCAUUUAAAUCAUCAUCCGGAACCAAAAGUUCUAGCCCUAAGACAACUGGAAGAAGUCAAGGAUCACAAAGAGCAACAUCAGUAGCUGCUCUCUCUCAAGUUCUUACUGCUGAGAAGAAGAAACAAUCACCUGAUUCUUCUCCUGUGCCAACCAGAAGUCCUGUUGUGGAAACUAGCACUUCCAGUGAGAAACAUAGCUCUUAUUGUCUAAGUUAAAUGUGUCACAAAAGAAAGAUUAGCUAUUAUGAGAAGGUUAGAGCGUCAAGUAGUUCUAGUGCAGUUCCACUACCACCGCCGCCACCCUCAAUGUCUUCGGAUGAGGACUAUGAUGAUGAUGAGGAUGAAGAUGACACUGAAGACUAUAGCUGAUAGUUUUAGUAUAGUUGAACAAUAUACUAGGAAUUAUAGUUGAUGAUCAAUACAUUUUGUUUAUGUUUUGAAUUAUAUUGACUUGCUUGUUUAUAGUACUU